AUGACGAUGGUAGCAGGGUCCAAGGACCUUUCGCAGGAACCACGCAGAAGUGCGCGAAUGGUGUCGCUGACUCUUGGUAGUCAACCGGCACGUUGCAAGGUUACCUUGAGUUCGAAAAAGCAACUUGUAUCAAACAAGAGAGUCCAGCCUGGGAUGAAUAAGCGCAUGUCAGGUCCACUGUUCUCAACUGACACUGGAAAACAAAGCUCGGGCACCGAGCCGUCCUCACCUAUUGAAAUAAGCAUGGAUGAAAGAAUUAUUUUCCUAGAACCGGAAAAAAUAUCAGGAAAUAUUACCAAACAUCAACUGGUGGUGGCCAAAAUGUUAAAGGAUGCUGAGGUAACAUACAAGGAGAUUUCCGAAUUGGGACGCUUUAGAUUUAAAGUUAUCCUAGAUUCAAUGGAAGCGUACGAGAGUAUCCAGAAAAUCGACUUAACGAAGCACAAUUUGAAGAUAUUCCAGCCCAAAUCUACAACAGAAACUGUAGCUUUUGUGCGAGGAAUCCCGGUGGAUUUUGACGAAAAGGAUGUACUAGACAACAUAGAAUGUGACUUCGAAGUCACCAAAGUUGAAAGGAUUAAGCGCAAAAGGAAGGAGAACUUGGUACCCACAGAAAAUAUGAAGAUAACGGUGCAGGGUGGAAAAGUUCCGGAAAAAGUAAUUAUCUAUGGCUGUCCAUUCAAAGCUGAGAUGUACGUUUACCCAGUAAAACAGUGCUUCAAAUGCUGGAAGUUUGGACACCUGAAGUAG